AUUUAUGAUAGUUAGUUCACCGUCAACUCCGAUGCUGGACUUAACGUCACUCGCUGCCAUUCUAACUGCGCGAAACUACAUUUACAUGUUUGGGUAUUAUCAUCCGAGAUUUCUUUGGGAAGGAGUAUAUGUAUAACUCAUUGUCUAAAACAAAGCUAAAAUCUGCAUGGACUGUACACGAUUUUCAUCGGAAGACAUAGUGCUCCAGCGUUAAACCUGAAUUAUCUCUACAGUGCCCCCAGGAAACGACAUUGGUUCAGACAUAGCUGUACAUGAAGUAUAUCACACAAUUUACCAAUCCUUUAAUUUCUACGUUUCUAAGUGCAUGGUUAUAAAACGUUAUUGAGAAUGUAGAGGGUAACUUGAUAAACGCAUCAUGGAAGAAGAAAUGAUAGAAGACGUCUUUCAGCAUUAUUAUCUAAAUCGAGUGAAAUGAAAGCGCCAAAGGCUGUUGACUGGCACACACAUAAACAUAAAUAAUAAGAUUGUACACAAUGGGCUUAAUGACGGAAAUGAAGACCUCUGUGGUCACACCACAAUGUCUAGCUACUCCACAGGGAAUUUCUGAAUUACCAAAAUAUAUCGAUAAUCUCAGAGCAAGUAUGGAUAAAGAGAAUACAGAUGACUACUCUCCGUUACAAAUGGCUGUAAAGGAUGGUCAUCUUGAUGAAGUACAAAGUCUAGUCAGUCAAGGGGAGAACGUGAAUCAGGGUACCGCUGAAGGCUGGACACCGUUAAUGAUUGCAGCAAAGACCGGCAGAGUGAAGCUGUUGACAUUUCUCAUCGAUCAUGGGGCUGAGAUUACAAAGUCUGUUACAAGACUGACUGCUUUACACUUUGCUGCUGUCCUUGGUCAUCUUGAUGCUAUCAAAUAUCUGAUCAGUCAAGGGGCUGAUGUGAAAGAAGGAAAUGAAAAUGGUUGGACUGCAUUUCACAUUGCUGCCCUGAAAGGUUAUCUUGAUGUCAUCAUAUAUCUGAUCAGUCAAGGGGCUGAAAUAAACAAAGGAAAUGAUAAGGGUGAUACAGCAUUACACUAUGCUGCUUUCAGUGGUCAUCUUGAUGCAAUCGAAUAUCUGAUCAAUCAAGGGGCUGAGAUAAACGAAGGAAAUAAUUAUGGUGAAACAGCAUUACACUAUGCUGCUUCCAGUGGUCAUCUUGAUGUCAUCAAAUAUCUGAUCAGUCAAGGGGCUGAGAUAAACCGAGAAAAUAAUGAUGGUGGGACUGCAUUGCACACUGCUGCUAUCGGUGGUCAUCUUGAUGUCGUUAAAUAUCUGAUCAAUCAAAGGACUGAGGUGAAGAAAGGAAGUAACGAUGGUUGGACUGCAUUACACAUUGCUGCUCAUAAAGGUCAUAUUGAUGUCGCCACAUAUUUGAUCAGUCAAGGGGCUGAGGUGAAGAAAGGAGAUAACAAUAGUCGCACAGCAUUACACUAUGCUGCUCAUAAUGGUCAUCUUGAUGUCGCCACAUAUUUGAUCAGUCGAGGGGCAGAGGUGAAGAAAGGAGAUAACAAUAGUCACACCGCAUUACACUUUGCUGCUUAUAAUGGUAAUCUUGAUGUCUCCAUAUAUUUGAUCAGUCAAGGGGCUGAGGUGAAGAAAGGAGAUAACAAUAGUCGCACCGCAUUACACUUUGCUGCUCAUAAUGGUCAUCUUGAUGUCUCCACAUAUUUGAUCAGUCAAGGGGCAGAGGUGAAGAAAGGAGAUAACAAAGGAUGGACUGCAUUACACGUUGCUGCUGAGAAUGGUCAUCUUGAUGUAACCAAAUAUCUGAUCAGUCAAGGAGGAGAGGUGAAUAAAGCAGUUAACAAUGGUGGGACUGCAUUACACUUUGCUGCUAAGGAUGGUCAUCUUGAUGUAACCAAAUAUAUGAUCAGUCAAGGGGCUGAGGUGAAUAAAGGAGAUAACAAUAGUCGCACCGCAUUGCACUUUGCUGCUCAUAAUGGUCAUCUUGAUGUCGCCACAUAUUUGAUCAGUCAAGGGGCUAAGGUGAAUAAAGGAGCUAAAAAUGAUUGGACUGCCUUACACAUUGCGGCUUUUAAUGGUAAUCUUGAUGUAAUCAAAUAUCUCAUUAGUCAAGGGGCUGAGGUGAAUAAAGGAGAUAACGAUGGUUGGACUGCAUUACACUUUGCUGCUCAGAAUGGUCAUCUUGAUGUAACCAAAUAUCUCAUUAGUCAAGGGGCAGAGGUGAAGAAAGGAGAAAACAAUGGUUGGACAGUAUUACACGUUGCUGCUCAGAAUGGUCAUCUUGAUGUAACCAAAUAUCUCAUCAGUCAAGGGGCUGAGGUGAAUAAAGGAGAUAACGAUGGUUGGACUGCAUUACACUUUGCUGCUCAGAAUGGUCAUCUUGAUGUAACCAAAUAUCUCAUUAGUCAAGGGGCAGAGGUGAAGAAAGGAGAUAGCAAUGGUGGGACUGCAUUACACUUUGCUGCUCAUAAUGGUCAUCUUGAUGUAACCAAAUAUCUCAUCAGUCAAGGGGCUGAGGUGAAUAAAGGAGUUAACAAUGGUGGGACUGCAUUACACUUUGCUGCUCAUAAUGGUCAUCUUGGUGUAACCAAAUAUCUCAUUAGUCAAGGGGCAGAGGUGAAGAAAGGAGAUAACAAUGGUUGGACAGUAUUACACUUUGCUGUUCGUAAUGGUCAUCUUGGUGUAACCAAAUAUCUGAUCAGUCAAGGGGCUAAGGUGAAUAAAGGAGAUAACGAUGGUUGGAAAGUAUUACACGUUGCUGCUAAGAAUGGUCAUCUUGAUGUAACCAAAUAUCUCAUCAGUCAAGGGGCUGAGGUGAAUAAAGGAAUUAACAAUGGUGGGACUGCAUUACACAUUGCUGCUCAUAAUGGUCAUCUUGGUGUAACCAAAUAUCUCAUUAGUCAAGGGGCAGAGGUGAAGAAAGGAGAUAACAAAGGUUGGACAGUAUUACACUUUGCUGUUCUUAAUGAUCAUCUUGGUGUAACCAAAUAUCUGAUCAGUCAAGGGGCUAAGGUGAAUAAAGGAGCUAACAAUGGUUGGACUGCCUUACACAUUGCGGCUUUUAAUGGUAAUCUUGAUGUAAUCAAAUAUCUCAUUAGUCAAGGGGCUGAGGUGAACAUGAAAAAUGAAAAUGGUUGGAAAUCUUCAAACUUCGCACUUUUAAGAAAUCAUAUUGAUGUUGUUAAGUUUCUGAAAACUGAAGGUGCGAGUAUUGAUGGAGAAAUUCUUCAUCAGCAGAAACAUCUACGUUUGUUACUUCCUCUGAUGAUCAUGGCAAAACUUCUCAACACAGCUUUUAAUACCGAGGAUAUUCAUCUUGCUAUACAAAAUGGUCAAACCACCACGAUUGAGAACUUAGUGUCUCAAGGAGCUGAUCUCAAUGUCCAGUCAGCUGACGGUCAGAUGUGUCUCCAUGAAGCCAUUAAACUCUGUUACAAAGCUGGGAGAAAUGUAGAAGAAAGCUACACGCUACGAAAGAUUUCAGACGAGAUUUACAAUGGAAACCUAUCACCUGAGAAGGCUUUGGUGUUUUAUCUACUUGAGAAUGGAGCUAAGACAGACGUGGAAGAUAAGGCAGGAAAAUUACCAAUCCACUAUGCCAAAGAUGAAGUGGUUAGACAGAUGAUUUUAUCGAGAAUGAAAUCUCAUCCUGAAGAGGCCGAUUAUUAUCAAGAAAGCGUUAGUAAAGAACGUCACAAGGAAUCUAAAGUCUCUGCUGACACAACUUCAGAGGAUGUCACUAUAUACCAGGAUGAUAAGAGGGAGCAGAGUAAGCAAAAUGAGACUCAAACCCAAGCUGCAGAGAGCGAUGAGGGUCAUACUGAUGAAGAAUAUGACUUGAUUCAAAUUGAGAAGCAUGGCAUUACUGUCAGAAUUUCCAAAUAUGAAAUCUACAGUGCAAAGGACAUCACUGUGGAAGUGAUUGAAGAGGUCCCACCUGAGCUAAAGCUGAAGGAAACAGAAGCCAUCAUAUCGGUUGGAUUGAGGAUGUCGCCUUCGAACGCAAUGUUUGACAGUCCUGUAAGAGUAACAAUGCCCCACUGUGGUGCAUUUACAAAGCCUACUGAUGCAGAAGUUUACAUCUAUUAUCGCAAGAACGAUUCUACAAAAUUUACAGCGAUUCUAUCCACCAGCACGAGAAUCCCAAAGUGUGUUGUGAGAGAUCGCGAUCUAGAUAUCUACCUUAUGCACUUCUCAGAAUUCAGGAUUGUUGCUACAAUAAGAAAGAUAUUUAUUGGGAAACGUGUUAUUUGUACACCAAUCAUUCCUGUACUAGCACCUAGAAAUCCCAUGCCCAUUUUGUGGGUCAAUGUCAGGGACCAAAACGUUGCAGAAGGACAGGUUAGGCUUAUUGGAAUGCUUCCACCACAUUUUUUUCCAAUAUUCUCUGAAUUAUUUUUAGAACAGAUACCUUAUAUAUAA